AUGCCUACAAGCCAGACUUCGGAGGAUUCUGGGCAAUGUGAUGCCCGCGGACGAAAGCUACAGCGGGAUAGGCAGAACCAAAGGCAGAAACGCAGAAGAGAGAGGGAGACACUCGAGAACCUUGAGCGAAGAAACGCCUCUUUGGAGCGGCAGGUAAAGGCAUUGUUGGAUGGCUCGAAUGAAACUGUUCGGCAACUUUGGAACACAGUGCAGUCAAUGAGUGCCAGGACUCGAGCCACAAACGAUCGACUCGACCAGGUAAAUACUUUCAUCAAGGAGUGGACUGCUCAAGACGAUACCCGAUUACCUCGGAGAGACUUGUACGCCUCUACUACCACGGAUGAGACUACCGGCGGAAUUCAACCCGGACCAUGCGUCGACGUCGGCUGUCAAGGUCCACUCGAGUGUGAGAUGAAUAAUUCUCAGUAUCCGGCGCCGAGUUCGAAUGCAUUGAACGGUGCAGACAACUCCUCCCGAGCAGACAUUGAUGGUGCGCGGGUGAAUGUUGGCCCUGACCGUUACGAAAGACCAUCUGAGUCGCUCGUUUCGAUGACCAAAAGCCGGCAGAUGCCCAAUGUUACACACCUAACCACAUACCGCGAGUUGACCAUACCAAUAACGAAACUUGAGGAAAUCUUGACAUUGCCUGAGUGGCUGAGGAUACCACCUACGGCUCCACCAACGAAAACGUGCUUCGACCCCUUUGGUCCAAUCAUACAAGAGAUGCGAAAGUCUACCCACUUGUUCAAACUGUGCAGCCCAGAGCCUGCAGCUUUAGAUCUUGUUCUUGGUGGGUCUUUGAACGAACUCGCCAACGCAGUGCAUCGUGCAACGCUCCAUGAUCCGUUACGACGGACAGAGAAGUUCGCCAUCAAUUGGAUGUCUUAUCUAGUUGCUCGGUGGUUCGUUCAUCCAUCAGAGGAUAGCUACCGGCGAAUGCCAGCAAUGUUUCGUCCGACCGCAAUGCAGCUCUUCACACCCCACUCGCCAAUAUUCGAUUACGUUGUUUGGCCGCAACUGCGUGACAACUUCAUCGUUCACGGGAUGAAGUACUGUCGUGCAGAGGUCUUCGGCCUACUUUUUUGUACUUGCCGCGUCCGAAACACUCGCAACACUGACUACAUUGUGCGAAGUCGAGGUGGCGAUGCACAGGCCGAUCCAGCCUUCCUGGAAAAGAUCUUCUCUUUAGAUGGAUGGGUAUUGCUGGAAAAGUUCUGGAAUGAGUAUCCGGAGCUUGUGGUUGGCAUGGACCGCGAGAAGAUUAUGAUACUCGAGGAAGAUCUUGUUUAA